AUGUAUGGAAUGUUAUUAGAAAGUGUACAACAUUUUGUACAGAUCGAAUAUGGAGAACAUUUAUGGCGCAAAGCGUUGCAAAUCACAGGUUGCAAACACACAGUAUUCAACACACAUCAGAUAUAUGCAGAUAUACUUAUAACAGAUCUCGCAAAAGCACUAGCUGCAUUAACCAAGAAAAAUUCGGAAGAAUUUAUGCUUUUUUUCGGCAGAUGUUUUGUGAGAUUCUUCAGCAACUUCGGAUAUGACAAAAUGAUCAAAAGCACAGGCCGAUAUUUUUGUGACUUUCUUCAGAACGUCGAUAACAUUCACUUACAAAUGCGAUUUACCUAUCCAAAAAUGAAAAGUCCCUCGAUGCAACUGGCCAGUGUCGACGACAAAGGCGCGGUGCUUAUUUACAGAAGUACGAGGGCUGGAUUUUCAUCCUACUUUACGGGACAAUUAUUGGAAAUUGCCGAGCAGUUGUAUGGGUUCAAUUUGAACAUAACGCAGCUAAACACGUGUACUGAAACUACUGGACAACAUUUUGCAGGAACAAGAGUUGUUGCCAAAUUUCGUCUUGAUUUUGAUAAUACAGAAUAUAUGCAGAGUCUAAAUAAAGUCACUGUGGUAUCUCAAACGAGAUUAAGCGAUGUUUCGUACGAAAUACUUCUGCAGUUAUUUCCAUUUGGCCUCAUUUUAAAUAAAGAUGUGAAAAUAAUAAAAGCUGGUCAGAAGAUUAUUACGUCUUCAAUGCGGAAUUUGAUUGGCGAAAAUCUUACAGACCACUUCAAAUUACGUAGGCCAAAAGGCUUGCAAUUGACCUGGACUAAUAUAAUGUUAAUGCAUUCAGUAUUAUUCGAACUAGAAUUACUGAAAACGGCCACUGAACACAUAAAAGUAGAAGAAGCCACUUCAGAAGUAAUAAGAGUCAUGAAUAGAAGAGGCAGUCAAGGAUAUAGAAGUCUGUUGCUUAAAGGACAAAUGAGAUAUAUUAAAGAUAUAGAUUCUAUAAUAUUUUUAUGUAGCCCCUUAAUAAAUAAUCUUGAUGAGCUGUGCGGAAUGGGUUUAUAUCUAAACGACCUAAACUUCCACGGUUUGAGUAGAGAGAUGGUACUGGCGGGAUGGCAACAUUGUUCCAAAUUAGAGCUCAUGUGCGAAAGAGCCGAACAACGUUCCUUAGAACUGGAGGAAACUUAUGAACUUGCUGAAAAAUGGAAGAGAAAAGGUGAUGAAUUAGUCUAUUCUAUGAUACCGAGAUCAGUUGCUGACGGUUUAAGAGCUGGACAAAACCCAUUAAAUACAUGCAAGAGUUUCGGAGCAGUAACUAUACUAUUUUGCUCCUUGGAGGAACUAAAUUCUCACACUGUGCUGGAUGCAAUGAGUUUAGUGGCAACUAUGAACACAGUAUUUUCAGUAUUUGACAAAUUGCUUGAUUUGCAUCACGUUUAUAAAGUUGAAACAAUUGGACAGAUAUACAUGGCCGUAUCUGGCGCUCCCGAACUCACAAAAGACCACACGAUGCACGCGGCGAAUUUGGCACUGAACAUGAUACGGCAGGUGGACCAUCUUGAACUACCAUCGAAAGCAAAAAUACAGAUCAAAAUCGGAUUACAUACCGGACCCGUAGUUGGCGGUGUUGUAGGAAUCAAAGUUCCGAGAUACUGUUUUUUUGGAGAUACUGUAAAUACAGCCUCAAGAAUGCAAAGUACAGGCACUUGUGGUAAAAUACACAUAUCAAAGGCUGUCAAUGAUAAUCUUAAAGGCUACUCGUUUAAACUAUUACCGCGAGGAAAAGUCAAUCUGAAGGGCAAAGGCGAAAUGGAAACGUUUUGGUUAGAGGGCGAGCCAAAGCAGCAAUUUAAUUAUUCACAAGAAUCGUCUCUUAAAUAGAAUCUUACUUAUGCAUGAUUUAUAUUUACA